AAUUCAAUCGUCCAUCAGUGUUCAUGAAAAUGUAGUUGCUCUCACUUUUUCUCACAAAGAUAUUUUAGCUCUUUACUAAAUUCAUACGGUACAACCUAGUUUGAUUUUACCUGUUCGAGGUCAACAUUGGAAACUGCUGAGGACAAGAGUCCAGGAUUACAAGAAAAAGAGGAUCGGGUUUUUAAGGAGUGUUUUACUUGUCUGGGACAUCUGGAGUUUGAGAGGAAAAGUCUGAGCCACUGUGUUUCACCAGAACUGUUUUAACUCACUUAAGGAUCUACCCCGUCCUGGUGGGUCACUCAGUCGGACUGAUGUGGAAUGCGACCCUUUAUGACCCCAUCCCACGGGCCUCUAUUCAAUGAGCUGGACUCGGGAGAGAGCAGAUAAUAGAGGCAAGAGGCCGGCACACAAAAAAGAGUAAAAGAAACAGCAGCAGGAGUGUUCAGACUGGUAAGAAAGUUAAAGGGGCUCUUGAAGGUGGGGAAAAAGAGCUUAAAAUACAAAGGACACAGAAUAAAGAGACCUGCGACUACAGAAGUCUUUCUUGGGACUGCAAGGCAGAAACUUUGACCCUUAUCCUUCAUUUCACCUCUUAAAUUAAUCCCACUGCUACCAAUCAUGCCAGUGGAGACCCUUCGUCCCACAGAUGGCCGUCUUAAUGGGGGUCCCUUCACCUCUGCCAUGCCUUUCCGAAUCCUCAACAAAGGCCCGGACUACUUCCGCAGAGUGCCGGAUUCAGGAACGCGGAAGCUGAGUGCAGUUGAGCGUCUGGAAGCGGACAAGGCCAAGUACGUGAAGAGUCAGCAAGUAGUCCUUACGAAACAAGAACCUGUGAAACCCCCAAUCAUCCGCAAACCGCUGUUAUCUCCAAGCAUGAUGAUGCAGUGCAGAAUAAACACUCCACCAGCAAGGAAGAUUACCCGGCGGCUACUUGAGACGGAGAACGGAGGACCCGACCAUGCAUUGAGCAGAGGACCUCAACUUAACCUGGAAGUACUUAAUAAUCUAAUCAAUGUCUGCGACGGACCACUUGCAUCUUCGCCUACCCCAUCCUCUUCUUCUCCCUCAGCCUCCUCACCCUCCUCGGGAGGUCAUAGUAUUGGCAGUGGACAAUCUGCUGAACCUCAGCACUGCAUUAACUUUAAAGCACACCUUGGCUCAACGCCCAACUCCUCUCGCACCUCAUCUCCACUUAACAAUCAACCCUCACCUGCAGAGCCAAGCCGAAGGCCACCUCCGGUCCCAGCCAGAGCUCCUCGAAUGGUACCACAAGGUAGUUACGGAACCCCCAACUCUGUAACUGUGCGACGGGUGGAUGUGCGACCACACGCAGAGAUCAGGAAACCUCAGAGAUUGCCUCUACAGCCCAAACCGAGACAAGCUCAAGUCGCUCAACCACAGAUAGCCCAGCCACAGGUACCUCCCACACCUUCUGCUAAGCAGCAACCUUCGACAGCUCACCCUUCAUCCCCCUGCAUACCCUCCAGCCCGCUGCUUCUACGCCCUGGCAUUCUGCCCCCAGCUUCCCCCGCUAUCACCCGCAUUUCCUCAGCCAGCUCUCGAGGAUCACGUCCCGGCUCAACCCGGAAGCACCCCACCCUCCACCGCUCCAAGUCGGACUUGAGCGACCGCUACUCUCGGGCCACAGCUGACCUGGAGCGCUUCUUCAACUACUGUGGGCUGGACCCAGAUGAGGUGGAUGGAAUGGGUGGCGUGGAGCGUUUCGCCCGGGCAAAUUCAGACAUUGUUUCGGUCUCCAAACUCCGCAGCGUCAGUACGCCUAGCUCGGAGUGCGGGGACGGUGGGGAUGGACGUCGAGGAGAAGAGGAUGAUGACGAUGAUGACGACGGGCCUGUAAAGCCCAGCGAGCGUGUUCCUUACGGCAUCUCGGUCAUCGAGAGGAACGCACGUGUAAUUAAGUGGCUCUACGGUAUCCGACAAGCACGGGAUGCGUCACAAAACAUCUCCAAUGUUUAGAAGCGUCUCUCCGGUUGUCUACUCACCCAGACAUGGACAGUAUAAAUAAGACUUGCUGUAGUAUUCGGUUGAUGUCUAUCACACACCUAAUAUUUAUUACGUUCUUGUUUGAAGAUGUUUAAAGGCUCUGACAAGUAUUUGUUUUGUUUGUAUUUGCCUUACAAUAUGGAUAAUGUUCAUGAUGUUUGUUACAUAGAAUUUACAUGGACUUCCUGUUGUUUUUCAAGCGCGUGAUGAUUUGCAAGGAUGACGUACCUCUAUGCGGAAUACUACAGACUCUCAGCACUGUGACUUUGAUACGUUUUGAUUUAAGCAAUAAGACUAAUGCUAAAGGCACUAAAGUUGCUGAAUGGAUGAUGAUGAAGAUGAUGAUGAUGAAGGCAGCAGUCGAUCUGCUGUGCUGGUGCUGUUCAGGUACAAAGUCUUUAUUAAACAGCAGUGCUGUGGGACCCGUGGCCUAAGCUAAUUCCUGGAACCAUUGUGUUCAUAGUAUUGGAACUCAGGCAGGUACUUUCUAGUUUUGGAAAUCUUUGUACUGGUUGAAGAAUUGAAGAAUGAAUGAAGCUAUUUACGAUGCUUGUGUUUGAGGUCAUCGUUUGGUGUCGGUGGUAAUAAGACCUCAGGGAUGUGUUUAAUAAGCCACACCUAGAACAGACACAGCCUGCGAAGUGCACGCAUGUAGAAACUGAGACACAUACAAGUCCCUGCUCACUGUGCACAUACUUUUGCUCCAUAGGUGUCAAAUUCACAAGUGCGUCAGAUGUUCAGUGUAGAGUUUAUUUGAAGGUGAGACUAUGAUACUGUGAAGAAUUCAGAGCUUCCACAGAGGCGCUGCUCCUCUGCAAACAUGGCUGAUAGACUGUUAAUGUUGAAUAUAAGUUUCAAAGUUCAAAAUAUAAGCAUGUGAGAGCCUCUUGUCAGCAUGCACACUUGUAGUACAUGGCAAAGCACAGUUGCACGAUGUGCACUUCUCAAACAUGCAUUCCAGAAACAAAUGGACGUACAUUCCAUUCAGCUUAAUGUUUAUGUAUGAUUUGUGUGGGUUUUGUUUGUUUGUGACUGUUCCUUCUGCCUGUUUCUGUGUUUCGGAUAGGUUAUGUUUUUAAACAGUUGUGUAAGACAGGUAAGGUUUAAGAGCUGACAGAACUGAGAGAGGGUGUUUGCCUCAACUCUCAGGGGAAUCAAAGCUGUUAAAUCUGUUUACUGCCGAGUUUUCGCACUUGUAGUAAAAAGGAAAGCCUUACGAAGAGAAAAACAUUAUUUUGAUGGAAGUUGGGUGAAGAUACACAUAGACAAGUCAUGAGGCCACGCAAAUGUUCACUUUUGGUUGAGAAAGUUUUACUUUAGUAAAAAAGCACAAUAAUCAAGAUUAUUUUUUUCCUUGACUGUGCAAUCUAAAUGUAGCCAUAAAUGCAUGAAGAGGUAAAUGCGAAACAUUUAUUGACUGAAAUACAUUGCUCUGCUGGCACAUUCAGAAAGAAUACACACAAAGGUACAAACCCUCAAACAGUUCAGUGCGGUAGUUAUUGCAGUAGGAGGGUAACAUGGUGGUUCUGCUUGUUCUCUGAAGUUUACCAUCGACUCAGACAGUCGAAUGCAAAAUCGGUCUUUUGAAGAUGUCAAUAAAGAGAUGAUGUUUUUGAACACAA